CUGACUUUCUUUUUGUUUUUGUUUCAGAUAAUACGUAACCCUCUUAAACAAAAUGUUUCCGAUAUAUCAAUUAAUUUACUCUAUAUCAUUGGGCAUUCUAUCAAUUGUCAUCUUUAAAUUUGUAAAAUGGCUUCUGACACCGUACAAUUGGAUUAGGGAUAUAACAGAUAUUGGAUACAAUCACAUUCACGAGUCGUACAAAAGUAAGAAUUCAGCUGUAUUGGCCAUAAAUCGAUUGAAACGUUUGCGAAAUGUUGGGGAUAAACUACCGCCACCAUAUCCAAAUGGGUGGUUGUCGGUGGCAGAGUCGACAAGUGUUAGAGCGGGUCAAGCUAUUAGUGUCGAUGUUUUAGGACAAAAUUUCGUAGUUUUUCGUACGGAGAGCGGUGAGGUGCAUAUAUUUGAUGCGUAUUGUCCGCAUUUAGGAGCAAAUUUAGGUGUCGGUGGUAUUGUUAAGGGUGAUUGCAUCGAAUGUCCUUUUCAUCAAUGGUCGUUUCGAGCUAGCGAUGGAGAGUGCACAAAUAUUCCAUAUAGUACAAGUGGAUUCGUUCCAAAAUCGUCUAAACUUAAAAAAUGGAAAUCAUGCGAGGUGAACGGUGCAAUAUUUGUUUGGCAUCACGCAGAAGAUGAUGAACCAUGGGAAUUACCGGUGGUCAAAGAAAUUGACUCUGGUGAAUGGUGCUAUUACGGUAGAAAUGAAUUUUUAAUUAGUUGUCACAUACAAGAGAUCCCCGAAAAUGGGGCUGAUGUUGCACAUUUGAAUGCUGUGCAUGGGCCUAAUAUGCUGACUGGUAGUGACAUACGGUAUUCACGACAACCUUGGGCAUCGUUCGGUAUUCACUCGUGGAAUGCACAAUGGUCUGCUUGCACAGAGGAAAAUAAACAGCAUUUAGCUACAAUGACUUUAACUCAUUCGAUCAAAUUGUUUAAUAAAAUCGAAGUGAGUAGCAUGGACGUUAACGUGCGACAGGUUGGUCCUGGAUAUGUUCAAUUAUUUAUAACAUCAUCAUUUGGUAGAUUUGUAAUCUUACAAACAGUGGUUCCCGUAGAACCAUUAGUGCAAAGGGUAAUUCAUCGCUUCUACUUACCGAAAGGCCUAGCAUUAUUUUCCAAAUUUACGAUUUGGGGAGAGAGCGUGAUGUUUGAACGUGACAUGAUGAUCUGGAAUAAUAAACGGUACAUCGACACGCCAUGCCUUCUCAAGGAAGACCGAGCGAUUAAAGCCUUUCGUAAUUGGUUUAGUCAAUUUUAUUCUCAAAAUAGUAAAAGCUUUGCGAACAAAUUAGAUUGGUAAAAUUUGAAGUCUUUUCUUUAUAAGUUUAAAAGUAUCUAAGAAACAUCAAGAUUUUAGUCGAUUAUUAAAUAU